AUCAAUUACAGGAAACCACGGCGCCGGACUUCUGCUUGGCUAUAUUCCGGUGAGACUUUGACUGGCCUUCCUGGAUUUGGGCUUGGCGCUAGCUGGGGCCCGAUCCCUGGACGCAUCGAAGGUGCCACCUUUCGUCUGGCUUCAACGAACCCCGAACUUAUAACCCUUGACGACCACUUAGUCGCAAAGAAGACUCCAAUUAUUGGGAAUGAUCUACAUGCUGAUACCAACAAAUCUGACCAGGUUCCAAGACCGCCCUCCCGAGCCUCACUAAAUCCCGUCCGAAUUCAUAGCGCUACAAAUAUUCGACGUGUCUCCAUUCGAGUACAACAUCAUAAAGAGUGCCUUGAAUUUAAUGGCCGAAAUUCGCGAAUAUUGGCAAACAAUUUCAAAUCUAACAAAGCCGAUGGUAAGGAUUUUGCUCGACAUAAUCGACCGAAAACACAUCUGUUUUUUGUCAAACAACCAAAUGAUGACUGCGAAAGCUUUAUGGUAGAUGUCAGAUCGGUCAACCCUCAGCAAGCUGAUCAUCCUGAUCUGGAUAGUAACAACGAUAGCAGGGUAAAGAACAGCGUUUUGGAAUGCCAAAGGACGGCAGGAAACGAGAUUGGAUUAACAGACCACGUUAUGACGCAAGCCUACUACAAAACGGAGCUGAAAAACGCGAAAGGUGGUGAGAGAAAAAAUGGAUGGCAUAGGCCUUACUUGGUCUGGAGGCGGCCUUCUAUGGCGGACAGAUGGCACACCUCGGAGAAUUGGAAUGGUGGCCCACCUCCAAACCAGAAAAUGAUACUUCUAGAAAAGACCGAUGCUGGUCAAAAGAGGGGGGAAAAUAGAAAUUUAGAAAUUCUACAACCUAGGAUUCAACUCUCAAUGCCUCCAAUAGGUAACUAA